UGCUGGUGACUCGACAUGAUGGUGGACAGCAUAUAUAAGCCACUUUUAAAGGACGACGGAGUUUGACAUGGAGGUGUUUUGAGUUAAUUGCGUCUCAGUUGUAUUGUUGGGUUGCCAAGUCAUGCAUUACUCAAACACCAUCCCAUAUUGAAGAACAGGAGGGAUAACGGAUCUUUGCCAGCUUUGAAAACUGUUGUUUGGGAUAAUUUGUGGAAACAUGGCAAUGUCCCUAACGCAAGCCUGUCGGAGUCUUGCCCUGACUGCAUGGCUACUGUCCUUAUGCUUUGUGCAUUUGCUGUGUCUGGACUUCACAGUGGCAGAGAAAGAGGAAUGGUACACUGCAUUUGUCAACAUCACCUAUCUGGAUCCAGUGACAUCUGAAAUCAAGACAGAGAAGACUGAGUGUGGGAGAUAUGGGGAACACUCUCCUAAAAGGGAUGCCAAGGGCUUUGUUUUUAUGUCUUCUCUUCUGCAGGACAGGCAGGCGUGUGACAGUAAUGCUAAAUUCCCUCUUCCAAAUCCCAACAGUCCAUGGAUAGCACUGAUAUCCAGAGGGAAUUGCACAUAUAGAGACAAAAUCAGGCAUGCUGCUAGACUCAAUGCAUCUGCUGUGGUCAUAUUCAACGUGGGCUCCAGCAACUCCAAUGAGACUAUAACAAUGCCACAUCAAAGUACCGGUGAUGUGGUUGCUAUCAUGAUUCCGGAGCCCAAAGGUCGUGAGAUCGUCGCCCUGUUGGAGAAGAACAUCACUGUGGCGAUGCACAUCACCAUCGGCACACGCAAUCUGCAGAAAUAUGUCAGCCGCACCUCUGUGGUGUUCGUCUCCAUCUCCUUCAUCAUCCUCAUGAUCAUCUCUCUCACCUGGCUUGUCUUCUACUACAUCCAACGGUUCCGCUAUGCCAACGCACGAGACCGCAACCAGAGGCAAUUGGGGGACGCUGCAAAAAAAGCCAUAAACAAGUUACAAGUACGAACCAUCAGGAAGGGUGACAAGGAAACUGAGUCGGACUUUGACAGCUGCGCAGUUUGUAUCGAAGACUACAAACCUAAUGAUGUUGUCAGGAUACUGCCUUGCUGUCAUGUGUUCCAUAAGAACUGUGUGGACCCUUGGCUUCAGGAGCACAGAACUUGUCCCAUGUGUAAAAUGAACAUCCUAAAAGCCCUGGGAAUCCCGUCCAAUUCAGACUGCUUUGAUGAUAUCCCUCCUGAUUAUGAGAUGUCAGUCGGUGGCCCGCCCAGCAAUCCCAUGACAGGGGCCAGUGAAGUCACGGUGGGUGAGAACUCUGUGGUCCUUGAUCCAGCUGUCAGAGCAACAGGCCUGUUGCACAUUUACCACGAGAUAGACUCCUUUCCGCAGGUCCAAGAGAGCAACCACAUCGCCAGCAGUGAGCACCAGCCCUCUUUAAGCAUUGACUCAGACACCUCCCUCAUAAUGCCGGUGGAGCUGGUCCUGUCUGAUGUAGAACUUCAGUCUGAACCAGAACUUGAUGAAGUGAAGUCCUGAAAGCAGAACCUGAAGACUCAAUGUGCCAUAAAUGGAGAAGAACUGCAGUGGAGCACAAAGGCAAAACAAGAACAUAAAGCAAUAGCAGCACAUGUGUGCAACCUCCUUUAUUGACCCCCUGGUCUCAUCAGCCUUGAAAACCUUGAAAGUUCCACAUCCACAAAAAUGGCAUGCUUCUGUUUUCUGAAUGUAUCCAUGUCAAUUACCUGUCUUCGAAUCUUGAGCUUGUUACCAGACUUGAAAAGCCACAUGUUCCUAUGAGGGCAUGCCGCAUUUAGAUGUUUCCAUACCGCUUUGUGGAAAUUUGGACUGUUUCAACUUCCCUAUGGGAUCACUGCCAAUAUACGCCCAGCCCAGAUAUUCCAAAAACAAUUCAUACAACUACAUGCAUAUAAUGCAUAGACGUAUGAGGCCAACUGCAUUUGCUUUGAGUGUCAAAAGCAGGUUGUUUGUAUUUUAACCAGCAUCCAUGGACGUCCUACUGUAGUUCUUUAAACAGUCAAGUGUCAUCACAGACAAUUCUUGUGAAGUAUCACCAGUGCUUAUCGUAUGCAAAACGGACACUGUUCGCGCAUCAUACAUGUCAUAUCAUCUCACAGCAACAAGAUCUUCCCUAUUAAGUAGACCUCCAUUUUCAUGAGAACUAGGACUGCAGUUGCAUUAUAGAUGUGUGUUUGAUCAAGACAGCAGUUACAGUAUCACUCGUUCAGUGAGAUGUUAAAUAAUAGGUUUGUCAAUCAUAAUGUCACAAAAGCACAAGUGAAACUAGAUACUUUCCAUUAAUUUUUUCUUGAUGAUGUGUUAGCUCUUCCACUGAUGUGAGCUUACCAGCUUUUGGCUAGAAACAUACUCCCAAAACUUUUCAGUGUGUAUGAAGCCAUAUUCAAUUUUUGUCUGGCAUCAGUUUGCCAAAGUUUACCCCUUUAGAAGAGGCUAUUUUUAUUAUGAAAGGUUUAAAGGAAUAGUUCACCCAAAAAUGAACGUAUUGUCGUCAUUUACUCACCCUCACAUCAUUCCAAACCCUAUAUGACUUUGCUUCUUAUGCAGAACACAAAGGAAGAUGUUUUAAUGAAUAUCACAGCCCGUCUUCUCAAUAUAGUAGCAUCUGAUAGUGACUCGCUUUAAAAAAAGAACCAAAAGUAUCAUAAAAGUAGUCCAUUCGACUUGUGUGUAAUAUUACAAGUCUUCUGAAGGCAUACCACAGGUUUUGGCGAGAAAGACUUGAAAUGUAUAUAAUAUUUCAGUGAAAGUAUUGUCGUCUGUUGUCGUGUUGACAGGAGAGCUUGAAUUAAUUAAUGCGCAAUGGGUGUCAAGAUUUUGUACGUUUUCUUAAAGGGAUAGUUCACCCAAAAAUGAAAGUUCUCUUAUCAUUUACUCACUCAAAUGCAGAUGUGUUUGACUUUCUUUCUUCUGCAGAACACAAAUGAAGAUUUUUAGAAGGAUAUCUCAACUCUG